AUCUUACCCUUACGUUCUACCGUCCCUUAGAUCUCAACCAACUUAGAUCUGUCCUAGUAUUCCGCCAAAAACUUCGCCUUAUGACCGACUUUCGUGUGCCAACGUCGGUGCAGCGGCGAACCACUCUUACAUUCUCCCCUGUGGUUUGCCGCCUGCAAACCUUAGAUCCACGAACCUUUUUAACCCAGUCAACUUCUCCUGGUGCUCUCUCUUUAUACUUCCUUAUUUCUGUCCAUCACUCCCCUGCAAGUCCGCCAAGGUACGGAUCCCAAUUAAAUACUUGCAAUGCUCGAAAUUUGCCGUUGGAAGCACCUUCGUGAGGAAAUCGGCAGCUUGUUUUUCUGUCAGUACAAACUCAAAAUUAAACGUCUUUUCUGCAGUUGAUCUCGCAGCCAGUGAUAUUUGAUGUCCAUGUGCUUCGUCCGCCCGUGCCAGUUGUCGUUUCUAGCCAAGGCUAUGGCAGAUUUGCUGUCAGUCCUUAUCACGGUCGGUCCUUGCACUGGUAUCUCGAGCUCCUGCAUUAGUCGCCGCAGCCAUACCCCUUCUUGGCAAGCGUGGAAUAAUGCCAUGUAUUCUGUCUCUGCACUUGAGAGUGCGAUAUCAUUCAGCUUCUUUCCUUGCCAUGUAAUUGCUGUCCCGCCGAGUAGAUAGACGUAUCCGUAUGCACCUUUGCGUGUUUCUUUGUCUGAUGCGUGUGAUGCAUCCGCAUAACCCAUUAAUUCCAGGGUUUCUUCUCCGCCUUCGUACAUCAAUCCCUCUUCGUCUCGCUGUUGCAGGUACUCAAUCGUUCGCUGCAUCUCCUUCCAUUUCCGGCCUUCGGGUUGGAGGACGUUAAGAAGCUAGCAGCGUGGGCGACGUCAACCCGGGUGCACGACACAGGAUACAUCACUGAGCCCACCCGCUGUUGGUUCAUCCCAAGGAACAGCGUGGCCCUGGGGAGUUGCUUCACCUGGAAGACAGCAUUAAGUUGAGUGCACACUUCCUCCACUUUGUCCUCGAGUGCACCAGCGACAAGAAUGUCGUCAACGUAAAGGAGGAGAUAGAUUUUCUCCCUUCCUUCACCUUUCCAGAACAAAGCCCUGUCGCAUGUACUUUUCUGAAAACCUCCUUCCAUCAGCCUUGCUUCCAUGGUCUUAUACCAUUCGUGAGGGCUUUGUUUGAGCCCGUAAAGAGACUUGAGUAGCUUGCAUUUUCUCCUUGUGCCGUCGUCAUAGCCCAAGGGCUGGUCCAUGUAGAUAUCUUCUUGCAGUGGCGUGUAGAGGUAAGCAUUCUUGAUGUUUAGCUGGAUCAUGAAAUAGUUCCUUGCAGCGACCACCUUGAAAAGUGUCCUGGCUGUGGUUAACUUGCUGACAGGUGCGUAUGUCUCAUUGUAGUCAAGUCCUUCCAUUUGCGUGUAGCCUUUUGCCACCAACCUUGCUUUGAAUCGCUCCAGCUGUCCGAGGUCUGUUGUUUUUAUCUUGAAAAUCCAUUUGACGCCGACUGUACGCCUCCCUUCAGGCAUUUGUGCAAGCUUCCACGUCCCUCUUUCAGCUAAAGUGUCUAACUCCUCUUGAAUGGCCGCUUUCCACGGCUCAUUUUGAGGGCCGGACAAUGCUUCCUCAAUAGUCAUGGGCUCAUGAGAUAGUUUGUACUUUUCCCUCAUCGUUUUGGAGAUGAGCGCUGUUGUCGUGGUGGCGAGUAGCAGAUGCGUGUGGACAUCCUUGCAGCACGUCAAUAGAAGAAGUGCAUAUUUUGGAUUCGGCUUCUUAGUCCGCUUCCCUCUGCCCAACUCGUCCCGAAUGACUGAUGCCUCACUUGCGCUAUUGUCUGCUACCCCUCCUCCUUUCUCCAUUGUCGUUUCCUCAUCCUCUUUUCCAAUCAGGAUUGCGCCAUCCUCUAGCAAUGCAUCAAUCUCUUCUGCCCCUUUGUCAUAGCGGCUGGUUUCAAACAGCUCCCAUGGAUCUCUGAUUCCUUUGUUGUUCGCUUGGUACUUGUCAUUCUCUGCUUCAUUCCCUUGCUGUCCAGUGUCUUCCUUAGCUGCCUCCACUUUUAAUGGUGUAGAUUCAGGCUCCGCGUCAUUGUCUUCGAAGGUAGGUGUUGUCUCACGUGGCUCCCACUCCCAAUCCAUCAUCAUGUGAGGCUGGUCAUCAUUAUCCAGUUCCUCGUCUUCGCUGGCUGUGCCCAAUCCUUCAUUGUUGUUGUUGUCCAGCAGUUCUUCCACUCGUUGGGGUGUAACGGGCACUGUUUCUGUAGUUGCUGUCUUGUUUUGUCCCUUCCAAUCCACAUAAUUGAGGUCUUCGUAGAAAACAGCGUCUCUGGUUGCCGUUACUACUCCCGUCCUUGCGUCUUUGAUUAUCCACCCUUUGCUCUCCGGGCAUAUGCCCAAGUGAACACCCCAGUGGGCCCUUGGCAGAAGCUUGUGUUCAGCUCCUGCUGGUGGUUUGUACUGCGUCAUACAGCCCCAUACUCGAAGAAAUUCCAGUUCGGAGAACUUUCAGCAGUUUGCCACUUUGUCGUUCAGCUUCCGCCAACCACUCAAUGAAACUCGGGAACACUAGGCUGAUGUCAAUUGCUUCCAUUGCUGCUGCCAUGGGGAAGAGCGGUUGUUGCAGCUCCUUUACUGGUAUCUGCUCCAACAUGGUUUUUCGAGCUCCACAUCGGCUGCCAUUGCUUCCCUCCGUUCGAGGUCAGACCGAACCAGCUCCUGCGCCUGAAGAAUCUCAAGCAGCUUGGUCAUAUUUGCAGGUGGAGGAACUCCUUCCUCUGUCUCCUCAUCAUGAUGGUAGAGCGGCCAGAGCUCCACCUCUCUCGCACGCCGGAUAAACUUGAGGCGCCAUGUCGAGUAGCUAACCCCACUGAAGCGCUGUGCCUCACUUAGGCCAAUUGUUGGAUUGGCCACUAUGUGCCCUUGCGUUAGGGCAUCCAAGAGGGCUUGCACUUGAGGGCCUCCUGCACUCACAGAAGAGCCUGAACUUGCCUCACCAUGCUCGUUAGGCAUGAUGCAAGAAUUUAUCUAGCCCUUCUUGAGGACUUAGUGGAAACGGGGCUCUGAUACCACCUGUUGGACUUGGGGCGAUAGUUUAUGGCUAUUCGCUAGGUCCCCAAGAAUGCAGUGGAAAAUC